AGCGUAUCUCCUGAUCAUCAAAGGUGGUUUUCUUGUCCAGCACUGUUUUAACAUCGUUAUUCUUCUAAAAAGGAAAAGAACUCUACUUCCACUCUAUCGUACCAAAGAUUAUCAACAUCAACGCCGCUCUCCGUGUCAACUCAUACGUGGCAUCGUUGGUGGACUCUUCUAUAUAUUUGUUUAUCACCUGCUGGUAGCACGUGCACAAACAAAAAGAACGCGCAGACGUUACAACAAUGAGCUCGCAGAGGCACCACGCACGUUUCGGAGCGGAUCAACUAGCCUGCAUUGCUUCCUACUUCUCGUCCGCCUCUCAGCGGCGCCAGCAACAGCCGCACGGCCGCCUGCCACUCGCCUGGGUGGCCGCCUCCCCCUCCGCGCGACUUGUGGCGGAGCAGCGCAACGCAUGGGUGGUGCUUCCGUUUGAUUCCACCGUCUUAGCAGGCAACCCCUACGCACUGGACGAGAAUGAGGAUAACGCCUUUGGUGUUGCACUGGCCAACGCGACCACGCCACUUUUUAUUUUGAACGAAGCGCUCGGCCUCGGAGCAGCAGCAGAUGGCUGUAAGGGUGGCGCACCGACGACGGCAGAGUUGAGCGACAAGCCCGCCUCGCCCACCUCUACUUCUGCGAAGGCCGUAUCGUGGAUUAGCCAGGCGACGGAAAGCCUCGCGGAUGUGAACCAUGCGGCUGCUCCGGUAAAGACACAAAAGCCUGCCUUUUGGGGCACCUCACGGGCGAAGCCGCCGGCACAGAAGUCGACGCGGCCCAGCACGGGCGUCCGAGGAUCGCGGGUGGAGGACCCGCUCGAGGAAGCCCACAGUUGUGGGGUGCACGUUGGAGGGCUGACGACGGUGUUGAUCUCCGGUGUGCACCUUUAUGAGAAGAGCCUUUUGACCAAGUCGCGUGCGUCGCGGCCCUCUCAGGAUUCCGCUCCGAAGCAGCCCACUAAUGCUUCGCCCCAUACCAGCAAGCAGCGAAUAAACCCUUCCGCAACGCUUUUGUUUCCCUCCACCACGUGCUGCGGCGGGUCCGUGUCGUCGCUGCUCGCGGUGCCGCCCAACGCCGCCGUCUACGACGCAAUCCUCACAGAUGGUGCCGGUCCCGACUCCCUCACUGCAUCCCAGGUCAACAGGUCUAACCUGUUCCGCGACGGUGCGGAGCUGCACGAGGACGACGGCGGCGCCGAGGAUGAGACGGCGCACGACCCGCAGACGGCCGCCUCCGUGUACACGGUGCAACAAGUGAAUAAGCUGCACAGGCAAGUGCGUGACGGAGACGUCGCUGAUGCCUUCACCACGGUGUGGUAUCGUCACGUCUUCGUGGACGCCGAAGAGGUGACCGCCAACGUGCUGUGCGGGGUGUCGCAGUGGUGGUUGCAGCGACCGGUGCGCGUACACGAGCUGCCGACAACCAAGGUUUCUAAUCUACAGCAACAGCAUCGCGACGAGGCGGCAGCGCAGCCGUCUCUGCUCAAAGCACCGGCGCUGUACGUCAAGUUUGUGGUGGACAUCGGCGCGGAUCUCUGGUGGCCACACCGCCUCCUCUCUGUCGUGCGUCAUCGCUUUGCAGAACACCGCUGGCACUCCGUCGCACUGGUGCGGUGGGUGGUGCUGCUGUGGCUGCUGCUGUCGGUGGUGCUCGAGAGCGUUGUGCACGGUGUGCCGAAGAUACCCACCCGCCACGCGGCUUCCGCGCAGCAAGACGCGGCGGACCUUGUUGCGUCGUUCUACCGCAUGGGCGAGACGUACGGUGGACAGGACCAGCUGGCGGCCUUGGAUGUGAGCCACACAAGCACCCGUGGCGUUCACCUGCUCGCGUGCGCGCUGGGUAAGGUGCUGGGCGCGUGUACAGGCAUUGUGCGGGAAGAGAAAGACGCACGGCUGUCGAGCCGGCCUGACCACUUUGGAGCGCUGGACGUUGCGGGCUGCAUUCAACUGCAUCACCGGCAGGGCGAGAUGCACCUGCUCGCGGCGCACCUCAAAGCGCUUCGCGAGUGUUCCGCGAAGCAGGCGCGAGCGGCACCGUCAGCCGCUCCGUCCUGUCCUCUGCCGCUGGUGAACCUGCUCAUGAUGCUCUCUCUUGACGAUGUAAAGGUGCGUGCGACGCGGUCAACGACGGGGCUGGCCCUUGCCCUGCUGAGUCACCACGGCGACCUUACCUGGAUAAGCGGUGCGGGCUGCAGCCUUGACAACGCCGCGCUGCACGAGCUGGGCAAGUACGCGCUGCUCGUCGAAGCGGUGACCGCGACACAGCCGUUGCAUUGCGGUAGCGCAGCGACCCAUCGCCCGUCCGCGUGUUCGAUUUGUGCGAUGGACCUGACGAGUGCGCUCAGCCUGGACGACUUGAACCCUGUCGCGUACCUCCCGCAGUUGGAGCAGCUGUUGGUGCCCUUCACGUACGUGAUCGACGAUGGAGUGGCGCGGCUCGACGGCCACACCUACCCACAGGACCUGCGUGACUUCCUCGCUCUGUGCCCGGAGGAGAAGAUGUCGACCUUGGAGGAGCCCACCCAAGCAGUCGUGAGGGAGGGGAUGCAGGCGCUACAACAGCUCACCACCGUCUCCUCCGACAGCACUGCAUCUUCACGGGCACCAAACACGAGCCGGAAAGCAUCCAGGGGCGACAGCAGAGCGUCGAAUCCUGCUGUGGAGGCCCUGCAUCAGCGCUUCCGGUCCCAUCUCUAUCAAGUCGACUUCACCUACUGCAGCUUCCUCUCGAGCGUGAAUGGGCUAGUGAAUCAGCAGCGGUUGGAGCUACUGAACUUGAGUCAAACGCGCAUCAACAAGGAUGGGAUGUUCGCCAACGCAGAAAAGACCCGCCCUUCUUCCACCGCGCACACCCCAUCCCCCCCGCUUCGCCUUUUCGUCGCGGAGAUGUGCGCGCACCUCAGCGACCUGGGCGGUCUCGCGCACCUCAGCACUUUGGAGUGCAUCGUCGUCCGCAGCGGGUCCCUCGGCGAUGAUGGACUACGCUCUGUGUGUACCAAGCGCAUGGAUCGCCUUCAGCUGUUGGACCUCAGCUACUGCGAUCGUCUGCAUCACGUGAGCUGCCUCGCCAGCUUGCCAGCCUUGGAAACCUUGAUCUUGGAUAGCAGCGAUGUAACGCCGGCCGAGGUGCGACAGCUGCGUCAAAGUCGCUCGCUGAAGACGCUGUCCGUGCGGUUCUGUACGGGGUUUGCCUUCAUUGGCAAGGACAAGGCAGAGCUGGAGGAGGUGCUGGGUAAGUUUCCCUGCCUGCAGCACUACGUGUACGAGGACCUCGUCGGCGAUGACGAGCUUCGAAAGAAGAAAACAUCCUAG